GCUGUCACUGGGGACUAGGGCUGUCUCCAAACCUCCUGUCAAGUUUAAAUCACAUACAGCUCCACCGACUCUCAGUCUGCAUCCUCCUCUCCUGUGCUCGCUCGCUCCGAGCUCCCUCCUCUCUGCAUCUGCCAGUUGCGCUCCCUGUCAACCUUGUGAGGGCUCCUGUGAGGCGUCUUCCUCUGAACAUCUGCAGCAGCUUUUCCCCGUAACGAACUACAAAACUUCAUUUUCUAAAGAUCUCAAGACGCUGACACCCAACAGUCACCAUGGAGGCCAUCAAGAAGAAGAUGCAGAUGCUGAAGCUGGACAAGGAGAACGCCAUCGACAGGGCGGAACAGGCCGAGACCGACAAGAAGGAGGCGGAAGAUAAAAGCAAGCAGCUGGAGGAUGAGCUGCUCGCUCUGCAGAAGAAACUGAAGGGAACAGAAGAUGAACUGGACAAGUACUCCGAGGCCCUGAAGGAUGCUCAGGAGAAACUGGAACUGUCGGAGAAGAAGGCCACAGACGCUGAGGGCGAAGUAGCAUCGCUGAACCGCAGGAUCCAGCUGGUGGAGGAGGAGUUGGACCGUGCUCAGGAGAGACUGGGCACAGCCCUGCAGAAGCUGGAGGAGGCCGAGAAGGCCGCAGAUGAGAGCGAAAGAGGCAUGAAGGUGAUUGAGAACAGAGCCAUGAAAGACGAGGAGAAGAUGGAGAUCCAGGAGAUGCAGCUCAAAGAAGCCAAACACAUUGCCGAGGAAGCCGACCGCAAAUACGAGGAGGUCGCUCGUAAACUAGUCAUCCUCGAGGGUGAGCUGGAGAGGGCAGAAGAGAGGGCAGAAAUUGCAGAACUCAAGUGCGGUGACCUGGAAGAAGAGCUUAAGAAUGUUACCAACAACCUCAAGUCUCUAGAGGCUCAGUCUGAGAAGUACUCUGAGAAAGAAGACAAAUACGAGGAGGAGAUUAAAGUCCUGAAUGACAGACUUAAAGAGGCGGAAACCCGUGCAGAAUUCGCAGAAAGGACAGUGGCUAAGCUGGAAAAGACCAUAGAUGACUUAGAAGAGAACUUAUCACACGCAAAAGAAGAAAACAUAGGAAUGCACCAAGUCCUGGACCAAACACUGCAGGAGCUCAAUAGCUUGUAAAAUGCCAAGAAGAACAUCAAAUAAGUAAAAAAACAAAAACAAACAACAACUUUGUAAAAGAUAUUUUCUACAUGCCAUCCAUUUUUUUUAUUUUAUAUUUUUUUUGCAAUUUCACUCUUAAUUUGUAAAACACAUGUAGCUCUUUUAUGUAUUUAUGGUCCUUUUUGUUCCUUUUCCUUUUUAAAAAAAAAUGGUUUUGGGUCCACAUGAUUUCAGUAUUGGUGCUAGGAAUUGUGUUGUAGACCAAACUCUGUGCACAAAUAAAACUGAUGAUGACGACGGUGUUAA